CAAGAACCGACUUGCCGCUCCAAACCUGGACAAGGCGAGCUGAUGGGGCGGUCCGCACAGGGUACCUUUUAUCCCCACCGUCUAGCGCCGUCCCCAUUUGCCAAUCACAAAACCGGCGAGCCUGACCCACACCUACCCCCCGGAAGGCACACGGACCCCUUUCCACCCCCAAAGCCUUUGCCUGCUUUCCGUCUCUUGCGCGCCCGUGUCUCCGAACUUAACCUUCCCUGCCAGCGCUGCUGCAGCUCUUCCCAGCCGAAUCACAGCAGAACCCCCGACCUUUCGAGGUGGUCGCUUCUUUCCCCCCUUUCUCUCUGUGCGGUGUUCUUUUCUUGCAACACCAGGGCCAUUGAUCUGUCGAGGGAUCACCACCGCUCGACGCUCGCCCGAUACUCACCAAGUAGAAGCCCAGUGCGAAUCAGUUUCGCCAGAAGCAAAAAACCGCCCUUCCCCCCCCUGGCGCUUCUAGAGAAAUUCGAAUUGCCGAUCCCCACAGAAUCCAAAGGGGGUGUGUGUUCGGUCGCGUCGUCACUCCAGUCGCGCAACAGACGACAGUCUUUCCCUCUCGAGGAACGUCGGUCCUAGGAUCCCCCUUUGACCCGUUCGGCCAACAACAGUCACCCGGAGACAUCCCGUGCGCGGUUGCCGAGUCAGCGAAUUAUUCGUCGUCCUAAGGAAGAGAACGGCUCUCGUCCCUAGCAGAGCUUGAGCUUCAACGACUACUGCUGAUAGAGUAGCCGUGGUUGGAAGUCGUCUUCGAUUUUUUUUUUUCUUUUCAAUCCAUUCCAUAAUCCACAGCCCAAAAUGGCAUCCAAGUUCACGAGAGAGUACAAGCUGGUGGUGGUCGGUGGCGGUGGUGUCGGCAAGUCGUGUCUCACAAUCCAGCUGAUCCAGUCGCAUUUCGUCGACGAGUAUGACCCGACCAUCGAGGACUCGUACCGCAAGCAAUGCAUUAUUGACGACGAGGUGGCGCUGCUUGAUGUGUUGGAUACCGCCGGCCAGGAGGAGUACUCAGCGAUGCGGGAGCAGUACAUGCGCACUGGCGAGGGUUUUCUGCUCGUUUACUCGAUCACGUCGCGUGAGAGCUUUGAGGAGAUAAGGACCUUCCAACAGCAGAUUCUGCGCGUCAAGGACAAGGAUGUGUUCCCUAUGGUCGUCGUCGGUAACAAGCUCGACUUGGCAAGCGAGCGUAAAGUCUCGGUCGAAGAGGGCAAGGCGCUCGCGAACGAGUUCAACUGCAUGUUCCUUGAGACAUCGGCCAAGACCAACACCAACGUCGAGCAGGCCUUCUUCGAGGUCGUCCGGGCGAUCAGGAGGUUCAACCGCGAAAUGCAGGGCGGGCCGACCCCUGGAGGCGGUCUCUCGCACAACGGCGCUGGCAUGGGCAAGAUGGACAUUGCCGACGAGGACGCACCGUCUGGCUGCUGCAAGUGCGUAAUAAUGUGAAAGCCGCGCCGUGGGAAGGCUGUCUCUUACAAAAUUCAUCACGAAUGACACAACGGGGCCCUUGGGUGUAUGGUAACGGCGGUGUGUACAUGGUCGAGUGGCGGGAGGCUCGUUGCGGGCCCCCGGGGCAGGGACUAGGCCCCUUCUACGCGCACACGAAGUGAGGAACGCCUAUUUUGCAUUGGUUGGGAGUUGAGUUGCUACUCGGGGGCCUGGCGGGCCUGACGGCUGCCUGGUGUUCUCGGUACGUCUCGGGCAGGCUUUUGAUUCUGGCUUGGCUCUCGGAGACGGCAGGGGGUUCGCCAUCUACGCGAUGCGGGCGGGCAGUCACGGCUACCCACCUUUUUUUUUUCUUCCUCACCCGCAUUCGCUUCUUCUCUUUGGGAGUUGUUGAACUAAACACGGGUUCGCUAUGGUUGCUCUCUCAAAACUUGUAAUUUUUCUUGAUUCUCAUGCU